UUGCAGGCCCGCCCUCUGGGGCACCAUGCUCCGCACCCUGGGGAAGAUGCUGAGUUCCCUGAAUGUCUCUCUGCCAGGCGGCCUCUUCUCCGUCCUGCUUCUGCAGGUGUCCCUGCGGGUCUCAGAUUCAUUCCUAGUCGUCGGCCCCUCAGAGCCCAUUGUGGUCAUGCUGGGUGCGGACGCUGUGCUCCCCUGUUAUGUUGACCCAGCCAUGAGUGUGGAGAACAUGGAGCUGCGGUGGUAUCGCUCCCAGUUCUCAGAGGCUGUGUACAUGUAUCAGGAUGGGAUGGAGCAGACAGGACAACAGCUCGAAGAUUUCAAAAGGAGAACAGAGCUGGUGAAGGAUCGCAUGUCCGAGGGAAGAGUGGCUGUAAAGAUCUACCAUGUCCGGGUCUCUGACAAUGGAAUGUACCGGUGUUUCUUUAGAAAGGGCAGCGACUUUGAAGAAGCCACUUUGGAGCUAAGGGUGGUAGGUGAGUAGCUAUCUGAGAGUGAAGACCACUCCAGGGGAAUGU